UGCCUUUCAUCGAUUCUGUUAAACAUAUUAUUCAAUCUAAAUAGUCUUCUAACUAGGAUUUUUCCCAGCAAGCGUGACUGCUCAGGUAAUAUUAAUGUGGAACCAGAAACUAUUAGUAAUCUCCUGGUAUUACUGCACCAAUAUUAUAUUUCUUUGCUGGGGAGGAUGGAUAAUUGUGUACCCUGUUUUAAUAAAGCUCUUAUUUACGAAUUACUUUUGGAUACCGUUACUGCUUUUUGCGUGGAUGCUGAUCGACGAUUCUCAGAAUCAAGGCGGACGAUCAUGGCGACCGCUACGCAAUUGCAGUUUUACUAACUAUUGGUAUCAGUACUUCUCCACCGCUUUACAUGUAACCACGCCGCAGACCAUCACUCCGGAUAACAACUACAUUUUCGCAUGUCAUCCGCACGGGAUUCUGGCCACCGGUGUCAGUGGUGCGUUAAUCUCCGAAGGUCUGGGGAUCAGCCAACGAUUGCCAGGAAUGCGGUUGCAUAUUCUGGUCUCACGGCUCGUGUUCUGGUUUCCUCUGUUCCGUGAAAUGUUUCUAUGGGGCGGCUGCUCCAGUGCGUCAAAGCGGAACAUUAAGCGUAUCGCGGAGAAAAGCACCGGCAAUGUACUGGUCUUAAUUCCCGGAGGAGCGGCGGAAAUGUUCGAAGCUUGGCCUGGACGAAAUACCCUUGUUUUGGAAAAUCGGAAAGGAUUUAUCCGCAUGGCAUUAGAAACUGGAUGUCAUUUGGUUCCCGUUUACUCUUUCGGCGAGACCGACAUCUUCCACCAGGUUUUUGAUAAUCCAACUGGCUCGCGAUUACGAAAUGUGCAAUCAUGGUUUGCAUCAUUAACUGGUUUUCCUCUGGUGAUCUUUUAUGGUUGCUCCAAAAUUUUCUUUUGGCAGCCUCUCAAAAGGCCGAUCAACGUAGUAGUUGGAAAAUCCAUUGAGGUCCAAAAAAUUGCUCAACCUUCGCAAGAAGAAAUUGAUGAUCUCCAUGGAAGAUACAAAGAAGCUUUAUGGAAUCUAUUUGAGGAACAUAAAGCUUUUUAUGGUUUCAGUAAUAGCCACUUAGAAUUCAUCUAAUCUUCUUCGGCGCGGACCAACUGAUAUACUUAAGUGCAGCUUUUUUAACGUAUUGAUUUUGCUAUGGAUGUUAAGUAUUUCAUCCAUGCGCAUGUAGCGCCAUUUUUCUUCGAGGUGUGAAUUGCUGGAUACUUCGCAUAGCUGCAUACAACCAAUAGCGUACAACUUUUAAAUUUUUUACUUUAAUAUCACACGGUAACUUUUAAAUUUUUGACUCAAGGUACUUACAGUAUUAUCAAACGGUUGUUUUCCGCGUUUUUUUUUGUGGUGAUGUCCGUGCACGUAUAAUGUGUUUAUAAUAUUCUUGCAUGUUUGCAAGGCUCCUUCGAUGUUGUUGGUUGCCGCAGUACUGAGUCGAUCUUGUGGUACCUUUGUGGUUGCAUUUAUGUACUACAGAGUACAUCGUACGUUAACGUAACCAUUUACUUAAACAAAGCUGGAAGAUGGUGACCGCACCCAGGUUCCAGUCAU